UUUAAAUACCGGGACUCGCCGCCCCUCCCGCAGCAGCAGCAGCAGCACCACUUCUGCGGAGAAGGCUGUCCUCACACACACUCACACACAGAUCCACUCCACCUCGUCUUCUUCUCGCCCCCGUUUUUUUUGGUUCCAACAGAAACAAAUCCAAAGAUGUCCACCUAUGACAAGCUGAUUAGCCACGUGAUGAAGGAGGAGCCUGUUGGCAGCAGGAACAAGGUGACGGUGGUGGGCGUCGGCAUGGUGGGCAUGGCCUCCGCCAUCAGCAUCCUGCUAAAGGAUUUGUGUGAUGAGCUGGCCAUGGUUGAUGUGAUGGAGGACAAGCUGAAGGGCGAGGUCAUGGACCUGCAGCACGGAUCCCUGUUCCUCAAGACGCACAAGAUCAUGGCCGACAAAGACUACAGCGUGACAGCCAACUCCAAGGUGGUGGUGGUUACUGCCGGUGCCCGCCAGCAGGAGGGCGAGAGCCGCCUCAACCUGGUGCAGCGCAACGUCAACAUUUUCAAGUUCAUCAUCCCGAACAUCGUCAAGUACAGCCCCAACUGCAUCCUGAUGGUGGUCUCCAACCCAGUGGACAUCCUGACCUAUGUGGCCUGGAAGCUGAGUGGCUUCCCUCGUCACCGCGUCAUCGGCUCUGGCACCAACCUGGACUCCGCCCGUUUCCGCCACCUCAUGGGAGAGAAGCUCAACAUCCACCCGUCAAGCUGCCACGGCUGGAUCAUCGGAGAGCACGGGGACUCCAGUGUGCCUGUGUGGAGCGGCGUGAACGUUGCCGGAGUUUCUCUGCAGCAACUAAACCCCAAAAUGGGGACUGAGGAUGACAGUGAGAACUGGAAGGCCGUUCACAAGAUGGUGGUUGAUGGAGCCUAUGAGAUUAUCAAGCUGAAGGGCUACACUUCCUGGGCCAUUGGCAUGUCUGUGGCCAAUCUGGUGGAAAGCAUCACCAAGAACCUGCACAGAGUGCACCCUGUGUCCACACUGGUCCAGGGCAUGCAUGGCGUGAAGGACGAGGUCUUCCUGAGUAUCCCCUGUGUCCUGGGCAGCAGCGGCCUGACCGACGUCAUCCACGUGGCGCUGAAGGCCGAGGAGGAGAAGCAGCUGGUGCAGAGUGCCGAGACCCUGUGGGGCGUACAGAAGGAGCUCACCAUGUGAAGAGCGCUCCCCCCCCUGAAUUCUACACACCACACCGAGCACCGCGUAGUUAAACCCUCACCUACUGUACCUCCUGUGUCCCUUCACGGCAACGAUCGAAUGAGACCUUUUAGUAUCGAAACAAAAAAGGCCAAGUGUUUGUAGCUAAACCACUGGAGAGCUAGAUUCUAGUUUCAUACAGUGAUGCAUGGGUAUCAUUUUCCUUUGCUGCCUCCCACCCGCCUUCUCUCCCUCUGUUACUGAAUAUUCAGAAACACAUCUCGUAGCCUUCGAUCUCAUUCAGUGUUGUCCUGUCUACACAUCAAUUGCAAGGCCUUUGCAUAUUGAGUGUAUGAUACUAUGUAUUCUACGUACUGUAUGUUUGUGCUGUUACUUCUGUGCACUCCUUGUUCCUAGUUGGUAUGUAUUCUGGGUAUUCUGUGAUUGUUACCAGUUGGGUUUUUUUCCACUUGGUAAUCUCUGUUCAUUUUUUUAUUUUUAUUAUUUGGAGUACAAUAGAGACAUUCCAUUCUCUAUGAGGAAGGACUUCUAUCCACCUAGAGUCAUAACUGCGUAGUUGUGUAUACUGUACAUCACUGGGCUAAACUCCUGUGAUUCCAAAGUACCUUAUCACUUGAGAAGAACAAUCGACCGGUUGUCAUCGUAGCCUGUUUAAAAAAAAAAAAUAAAUGUAACCACAAGUGCACUGACAGAAAAACUAUAUUUUAAAGGCAAGCUGCUAACAAGAAAGGUCACACAUGCGAAACUUUAAGUGGGUGCUUACCACAAUUUAACUCAGCAAAGAGAUUAACAGAGAGCCAAUGGGAAAGAGUCAUCAUGGAUUAUGACCACGGUCAGGUUAUGAAUCAUGACAGAAGGUAACAAUCCUGAAGGUGUUGUUUGUUCACGCACCCUUAAUACCCUUAAAGAGUUUUGUAUUUAUUUAACUCCUGACUCUAUUAGGAUAUAAAGAACAUUAACAGAGGAUUAUUUUAUUCAUGAACGUAAAAUACUAAUAAAAAUCUAUUUAUGGAAUAAUGUUACAAACAUUAGAUAUGGUUGAUCAAAUCACUCACAGACUCACUGAGAAACUCUUACCUGUCAUGGCAGCUGGAUAUUGAUUUUGAUUUGGCGUUAAUAUUGAAUAAAUCUGCCCAGAUGAUAAAAACAAA